GUUGUAGACCUGAGAAAGAUGAAUUUGGGAUAAUCGGAUUACAAGUCGCAGGACCUCUGUUACGAUUAACGGUACUUAUUAGGGAUGGUGCCAGUGUGGAUCGGUAUUAUCACUUACAUGAGUCAGAAAUUCCCGUUCAAUAUUCAGAUUCUUAUAUAGUGGCGGAGUUUAUAAAAACUUUAUUGAUACUCCGUAAUAUUUUAAUAGUUAACAUGAGGUCUUUACCCAAGUCAGAAAGACAAAAAGAAAAUAGUUCAACCGUUGAUUCUGAUUCAGAUUAG